CGUUAUUACGGUCCUCCGUAUUUGUCCACCGAGUCAACGGAAUACUUUCACUGGGCAUCAGAGGAUUGUGUUGGGAAUUAAAACUCCACCGUGAAAGCGUACUACAGUUAAUCAGCAAUGUUACCAUCCAGCUUCUGAGGUUUUUCAAAGGAUGCAUACAACACGUGGACCGUCGUCCAUCUCGACAGGUGUCUCAGGAGAUGCCUUGGACCUCAGCUUGUCCGGCUCCCAGCUUUCAAUGUCCAAAAGACCUAGCAGUGCAUCACCUGGGAAGUACUUCUCUCGCUCUGUGUCGGUUUCUGUGGCCAGUGAUAGCAGAGGGAAACGCAACACCCUGAGCGAUGCCGGCUUUGGUAGCUCCCGCUCCAUCAAGAACCUGAGGAGGUCCAACAGCACCACUCAGGUCAAUCAGCAGGCCAAUAUUAGUUUAAGUCAGGACCAGAGUGAGGACUACCUGGCCCUGUUUGACAGCAGCUCUGAUGGACGCAAGAAACUGGCCAGCCUCAGCAAGGCCUCCCCAGACAGAACCACAUGGAACAUCCUGGACGAUCAGCCCAGAGCUUUCCCCCCUCACUCCAGCUCCCGCAGCACCGGCAGUGUUGACUCUCCCACCAGCCUGAAGAAAAGAGAGCCUGGCAUUGCUCUGGCUGCGACCUUCACUGCCAACAACAGGAGCAACAAGGGAGCUGUGGGGAACUCAGUCACCACCAUCUUACACAACAACUACUCUGAGAAACCUCUCACACCCAAGAGCUCCAACCAGAAGCCGUCCUUUAAUAACAUCCUCAAAGCCACAGCAAAUGAUGAGGUGUCACUGGAGAACGGCUCCGUCACUAAGUCUCAGAAGAAUUUCUCCUCGACAUCAUCCACUUCUAACAACAAAUCCCCAGUGUCGGCCCAGCGCGGCAGCCCGGUGCUGCCUCGAAGGAGGGAGGUCACUGAGGAGGAGGCAGAAAGGUUUAUCCAGCAGGUGAACCAGGCAGCAGUCACUAUCCAGCGCUGGUACAGACGCAAUGCUAAGAGACAACACACAAACCAAGCAGCGCUCAAACGCAUCCUUGCCAGUAAAAGAAAGGAGUGGGAGGAGAGAACAGAGGAGGACAGUCACCUGGAGCAGCAGCACAAAAAGGACGAAGACCGGAAACGCAUUCGUGAAGAGAAAGCUCGUCUGGCCCGUCUCGCUGCCAUCCAGGAGCUGCAGCAGAAAAGAGCCCAGCGGGUUACAGAGGUGCAACAUGCAGCUGAGGUGGAGCUGGAAAACCUGAAGCAGACCGGUGUGGUUGGACGUAAGAAGCCGCCUAGGAUUUCCCUGACCAACAAAAGUCCAGCGUCGCCGAGCAACAACAGCCUGCUGUCACCCACAGUCGUCAAAGCCAAGAACACAGACUCCAAUUUGAACAUUGUGGCCGACUUAGGUGAGCUUAGCUUCAGAGCCAUUUCUCCAGCUCUGUCCAAUCCUAGAGGCUCUCAGUGUUCCCAGGAGCAGGAGGACAGAGCGGAGGACGAUAUUUGCCUGGAGCAGCAGCACCAAGAGAACGACAGGAAGUUGAUCCGGAAAGAGAAAGCUCGUCUGGCCCGCCUCGCUGCCUCCCAGGCGAACACAUCUGAUGAGCUGCAGCAGAAAAGAGUUCAGCGGGUUGCAGAGGUGCAGCAUGCAGCUGAGGUGGAGGCAGAAGGCCCGAGGCAGAGCGCUGUGGUUGGACGCAAGAAGCCGCCCAGGAUUUCCCUGACCAACAGGUGCCCGGCGUCACCGAGCAACAACAGCCCGCUGUCACCCACAGACAUCAAAACUAAGAACACAGACACGAAUUUGAAUGUUGUGACUGACUUAGGAGAGCUCAGUUUCAGAGCCGUUUCCCCAGCUUUGUCCAAUCGCAGAGGUUCUCACUGUUCCCAGGAGACUGUGCAUAGGUCAGUGAGUGUGGAGGACCAGCGGCAGGGAGCCUUGUCCAGCAGGGCUCAGUCUAAAACCACCCUCAAUGAGCUGCUGGACACUCUGAAGCUGUUGGAGGAGGAGCCAGAGAGGCUGUCAGAGCCCAAAUGCUACCGCAAAGAUAAAUACGCCUGGAUAGAUGAGGAUGGAGACUCCAACUCUCUGACCACUGACAACCUGGAGCGCCACGGGCAGCUGAGCCACCACCCUGCUCUGCCAGACGGGGGCGCCCUGCUGUCUGAGGCCAAGCUGCAGAGCAUCAUGAGCUUCCUGGAUGAGAUGGAAAAAUCUGAACAGGAGAGACCUCGCUCGGUCACCUCAGGGUCACACAGAGAGGCUGUGUUGUCUGAGGAGGAGCUGGCUGGUGUUGAGCAGGCGUCGGCCACCGCCGCCGAACUCACCGGUUCCAUGAUGAGAAUCAAGCUGGAGCUGGAGGAGAAGAAACGCACCGUCAACAUGCUGCAGGCUGCACUGGCCCAGCAGAGGGAGCUGACGGUGAGACACGUGAAGGAGACUGAGAAGGAGCUGGGCAGAAACUUCCAGAUCCAGAAGGAACAAUAUGAAGCCACCAUCCAGAGACACCUCACAUUCAUUGAUCAGCUGAUCAAUGAUAAAAAGGCUCUGAGUGAGCGCUGUGAAGGAGUGGUGGGAGAGCUGAAGCAGGUGGACCAGAAAUACACCAAGAAGAUCGCACAAAUGCAGGAGCAGCAUGAGAUGGUGUGGCAAAUUCUGGGUCCCUUGUGCGAGGAGAUCAAGAAGUUAAAAGACCUAAUGAGUGCCACAGAGAAGGUCCGCCGGGAGAAAUGGAUUGACGAGAAAACCAAGAAGAUUAAAGAGAUCACCGUCAAAGGUCUGGAGCCAGAGAUCCAGAAGCUGAUCUCUAAACACAAACAGGAGCUGAAGAAGCUGCGGACGCUCCACGAGGCGGAGCUGCUGCAGGCGGACGACCGCGCGGCCCAGCGCUAUGUCCGUCAGUGCGAGGAGCUCCGCCAACAGCUGGAGAAGGAGAAGGAGGAGCAGUGUCAGAGAGAGAGGGAGCUAGCCAAACAGAGAUAUGAGAAGCAGCUUCAGGAGGAGGAGCUGUCCCUGCAGCAGCAGAGGAGGCGUCUCUACAAGGAGGUGGCCGAGGAGAAGGAGAGGCUGGCCGAGCUGGCUGCGAGGCAGCGAGCCGAGCUGGAGGAUCUGCGGCGGCAGCUGGAGGAGAACAGCUCUCUGGCUGGACGAGCCCUCAGAGAGGAGCUGGACAAAACCCGAGAGGAGCAGGAGAGGAGACACCAGGUGGAGAUGAAGGCGCUGCAAGAACGUCUGGAUAUCGAAAAGCAAACCUGGGAAGAAAACUACAAGAAAAAAGAGGAAGCGUGGCUGCUGAGCCGCGAGCGUGAGCUCAAAGACGAGCUGCGGCGAGAACGUGACAAAGAGAUCGAACUCGCCAUCUGGACGCUGGAGGAGGAGACCAGCAAGGACAAAGAGGAGUGUGAGAGGGCUGCUGACAACAGAGUGAAGCGUGUGAGGGAAAAAUACGAGGCCGAGCUGAGGGAGCUGGAGCGAUCGGAGAGGACGGCUGUGGAGAAACAGCAAGAGCUGAGGAAGCAGCAGAUGGAUACGGAGGGAGAGCUGAUCAGACUUCAGGCCCUAUUAAGACAGAAAGAGCAGGAGGUUGAGGACAUCACACAGACCAGGGACAAGUUGGCGGACGAGCGCCGCAGCCUGGCGGAGGUGGUAAGGCAGGAGUUUGCCGACCGGCUGGUGAUGACGGAGGAGGAGAACCGCAGGAUGAAGGUGGAGGUGUCAGAAGUCAGGGCAAGGCUACGGCUGGAGGUGGAGAGGGUCACCAGGGAGAAGGAGGAGGAGCUGGCUGAAGUCCAUCAACGAGUGAAGUCGGCCAUCUUGAAGAAGGAAGAAACUGUCAAUAAUCUUCGGAAGCAGCACGAGGCUGCGCUGAAGAGGGCGGAUCACCUGGAGGCCCUGUGGGAGCAGCAGAGGAAGCAGCUGCUGGAGAAGUGACUGACAAGAAGGCCAGGAUUUAUCCGUGUGGACCCCCCCUCCCCCCUCGCCCCCGCUCUGAGCUCGACCCAUUGUGUUGCCCCCACGUGAUUUUUUUUUUUUUUUUUUUUUUUGUUCCUGCCGACAAGACUGAACCUGUGGAGCUUCAGAUGGUUGAACAAGCGACUGAACCUUGUCCUACCUCAUUUGAGAAACACAAAAUGGGGAAAUGCACUGGGCCUGGUUGUACAGCCCCCUCACCCCCAACACCACCCUGCAACACCACCCUGCAAACCCCCCCCCCCCCCCCCCCCGAAGACAUGAAGGAACGUAUUGCGUUGGAAUUUCCCUAAUUUAAAGACUUAAAGACCAGGUGGAACCAAAUAAAAACACUACGAAUGGACUUCCCAUUCCUCUUCUUACCUUUCCAGAGGAUGAUUGCUGUUUCUUUUUUUUUUUCCUGACUACCCCCCCCCCCCCCCCCCCCCAAUGCUGCUCCCCCCUGCUGCAGCCUGUGGCUACAGGAACGCCUCCAUGUUCCUCAAAGAGCUAUCACAGAGACCAGUUCCAGAUGUUUCUGAAACCAGCUCAGGCCUGCGCUGGUGUAAAGCAGGAGAAGGUGGGGGGAUCGCUCUUUCUGGAGGACCACUUACAACCAAGGACAGCAUCACAGCAACGCUAUGUGCUUAUUGCCUGGAACAAGUCAAGCUCUUACUGCCCCCCUUUUCUCUGUUGAGUCAUGUGUUUUGUCCCAGUGCCCCCCUCGAGGCAAGCGCUAAUUACAGGAUCCAUAACCUCUGCCUUGCUGCUGCUCUGUGAGCAGCUCUGAGCAGUUUGUUUUAUGUGUCUUAGACCAAAAUGAGGAUCUAACAAAGAGGUUAGGAGUUACGUACUAACACUGGCUACAGACUAAAAGUAGAGUGCAUGUAGAAUGUUGCUAGAAAGAGUGAUAGGACGUGUAGGCACCUUAAAGGGAAACGAGUGAAGAAAAAUUUGACGGCAUGUUUGAGGUCAAAUGGAAAUGGUUGCAGAGUGGUUUUGAAAGUUACUGAAUGUAAGAAAGAAAGAAGAGGAAGGUGGGAGGAUGGGAGGGAGGAAUGCGCAUAGAAAAUGUUUAUAGGAUCAGGAAAGCAGAGCUGGGACAGAGCAGGGUGGUAGCAGGGUUUGAGGGGGCAUGAGGCAUGUGACUAGAGGUAUGUUAAAUGCCAUGUAGAUUCUAGCGGCCUGAUUCUGAGGCUGCAGCUGUGACAAAACGCAUCAGACUCAACACACACACACACACACACGUAAACUAUCUGUGUUGUUUUUUUUUCCAUUUUCUUUACCCUCACAUUUAAUGAAGAUAUGUGGAAGCCCCUCCAAGAGACACAAGAAGGCUUUGUGGAUAAGAUUUCAGUUAGAACGGUCCAUAGCUUGAGUUAGUGAGAGGUGGGGGGUGGUAGGUGGGGAGAGUAACAAGAGUUUGUGUUGCAGAGAGAAACUCUAAACCUGGAAGUAAAGCCUGUUAUUUAGUUGCAACAUGAUGUGAAAGACCAUGUUGGCUCUGAAAGCUUCCUAUCAGAAAAUAUUUAUUCUGUCUUUCUUUUUCUCCUUUAUUUAUUUUCCAAAUCAGCACUCUCCCAUGACCUUCGUAGUGUUACUGGUCCACAGGAAGGUCGAGGGUUGUUUUAGUGACUUGGCAGAGCUGAGAACUGUCAGUGAGAUUUUAUAACUAUGCCAUUUUUAGGUGGUUUAAAUACAGUAUGUUAGGUUUUUCUGACAUGAACGUUGUCCGAGCCACGAUGUAAAGGGUUCAUAUGAAGUGUAAUGUUAUGGUAGGAUAGGGGUUAACAUAAUGCAGCAUUAUGGGUAAUGCAGUUUGGGACUUCAGAGGCAUUAAAUCACAUUGUUACCCAUUAAACCAAAUAGUAAAACCCUCCUUUAAAAGAAUAACACCCCAGAUUAAAGCCUGUUAGCAGGGCAGAGGUGGUUGAUAUGUGUCACACGUCUCUAUGGGUGUCACGGCCACCAACUGAGAUUCACUGUGAGUCAUGAGGACUUUGGUUUGGAGGGCCGAAGGCCCCCUGAGCGCCACAGUUUGCUCGCUGCCUCCGCCGGUGUUGGCACAGCAGACGGGGCUGCUGGCCUCCAAACCGAGAGGGUGGCGAUGUGAGUUGGCAUUCCUCGUGCAUGCCCGUCCUACAAGUGCCAAUAAGCCUUGCCUUUGUGUGUGUGUGCGUGUGUGUGUGUAUGUGUGUGUGUGUGUUUGUAUGCCACCAUUCCUCCUGUUUUGACCUGAGAUGACCCUCGUGCUGUCAGAUACUCACACAUGCACAAGGUACCCUGUUUUUUUUUUUUUGUUUUUUUUUUGUAACUUUGUACACAAACCAUUCCAGCUGUCAUCACUCAUCGUUUUGUUUCUGUUUCCAUUUCUACAUGUGUAACCCUCUGUGCCCGAACCUGUAGCUCUUGAAUGCACCAUUUUGUUAUCUUUUUUUUUUUUUAGUCUAGUUUUCAUUGUUCUUCAUGGCGAUGGUCUAAAAACUGUGAAGAGACAGUGACUGAUCCAUCAGCACCAAGAGAAUAAAAAGGAAAGAUUGUGUGGAA